AUGAAAUUGCCAAGUUUAUUUCAUAUAUCAUUGAAACUGUUGAUACUGCUAUUCCUAGCAGGUAACACAUUGUUGUUGAUUCUUAUUAUCAUAUCCGGUAGCACUAACGACUACCCAAUCAAUAGAUUUUACUGGGUGGAAGGUGACACUACUGGUAUCCCAAAUGCACCAAGCUUAACCAGAUGGACAUUCUGGGGUGCUUGCAGUUACGACAACAACAAGAUCGAUUGUGGUGAAUACCUGAAGCCAGCAGCACCAAUAUCGCCAGUGGACAACUUCCACACAAAGGAGAAUGUGCCACACUCUUUCAUCUCAAAGAGAGACGCUUUCUAUUACUUGUCCAGAUUUGCCUUCUGUUUCUUCUGGAUCGCUUUGGCUUUCGUUGGUAUUUCUUUCAUCCUGUUCAUUCUGUCAUGGUGCUCAAAGGCUGUCACUCAAGUUAUAUUCAUCCUAAUCACUUUCGGCUGUGUCUUCAACAUAACUGCUGUGGUCUUGAUCCAAGCUGCCGCCGCAAUGGCAAAGAAAGCGUUCAGUGACGCUGACAGACACGGUAAAGUCGGACCAAGUCUGUUUGGUAUUGCAUGGGCUAGUGUUGUGCUAGUGCUCUUCGAAUUUGUAACCAUCUUCUACUGGUUCAUCAAGUCAAAGAAAGAAGGAAAGAGUAUUUUCAAAGAGUCAACCUUUGGAUUCCCAAGCGCAAAGACCCAAAACCUUUUCUCUUACAGAAACACUAGCCAAGAAGUCCCAGCACCUGUUGAUGGCACAGAAACUUACGCAAACGAGCAAUUCCAAACUCCACCAGUGGUAACGCAACAAGCCCAACAGAUGUCUGCUGCCCAGCCAGUAGCCACCGAGGCUAACCACCACGGCAUCAAUUUCUUCAAGAUAAAGAGAACUGAAAAGAUCUCCAGCGGUGAUGAAGAGUCUGUUUAA